GUCAGGGACAGUCAGGCCCGCUGUGUCAGGGCUCGCUGAGCCGCCCGUGCAGAGUCCAGGAUGGGCCUCGUGGCCAGGGGAGCCAUCGGUGGUGUGGGAGCAGCUGCUCUGCCGCUCACACUCACCUGUGCUGUAGGCCUAGCGAAUGCACAUACAGGCUGAUCUCCAGGGAGAGUCUCAGCUCAGUCCACCCUGGCAUUGUCUAGUUGUCCACAGAGAUGGGAUUUUGCCUGCAGCUUGUUUGGAGAAAGAGUUAGGAAAUGCUGUUGGAGGGCUGUGGGUGAGAGGUGACAGCUGCUGCUUAUAUGCAAAAGGACUUAAUAGAUUACUUAUCUGAUAAUUAGUCCUAAAUUUACUUGGGGAAUGGGGGGAGCUAUCAUUAUCAGCUUUAAGGCAAAGCAGCUCAUUACAUGUCAGUCCAGCACUGUAAAAAAACCCCCAACCUCCCCACCAAACUACUACCAUCUACCUUUCCUGGCCCUACAUAUGAAAAUUAAGUAAAAAUGAUGUGGCAUGUCACUGAUGGAAAUCUAUUUCUGCUUUUCUUUGCUGUGAAAGCCUUCUUUAGAGGGAUCCAGGGAGACCUCAUCCUGUAACGGAGAUGCAAUGCUUUGUUUCUACCCCGGUAGGUUUCCCCAUGUCCGUGACGUGUUGGCCGAGGCUCUGCGGCUCCUCUCCGCCCUCGGAGCGGCCAGUCGCUGCCCUCUGGACUCCGUGAUCCCCGACGGGCGUCAUGAGCAUUGCAAUCCCUCUGGGAGUCACCACACCAGAUACGUCCUACUCCGACAUGGCUGCAGGAUCGGACCCAGAGUCUGUGGAAGCUAGUCCAGCUGUCAGUGAGAAGAAUGUGUACUCCAGCCACGGCUAUGGGGCCACCCAGAAACACAGCUAUCGCGGGCUGCCUUACGCAGAUCAUAAUUAUGGAGCCCCUCCUCCUCCAACGCCGCCAGCCUCUCCUCCUGUCCAGACCAUUAUACCUCGCGCAGAACUGAAUGGCCUGCACUCGCCUGAUGAGGAGAACUCCGGGGAUAGUGAGAGCUCCUCAGAAGGAGAAUCAAUUCCCACUUGGUGCCACUGCAGUGUCUCCCAAGAUGGUUUCCUCCUCAAGUGUGAAAAGUGCAGAGGAAUGAGCAGGGGGAAGGUGAUCAGACUCCGCCGCCGGAAGCAGGACAACGUGUCAGGCGGGGACAGCAGUGCCACUGAGAGCUGGGAUGAAGAACUCUCUCCCUCCACAGUGCUGUACACGGCCACGCAGCACACGCCAACCAGCAUCACGCUGACCGUCAACCGCGUCCGCAGGAGCAAACCCAAGAAGAGGAAGAGGAGUACAGAAAAGGCUCGUGCUGCUCCAAAGACCAAAAAGAUCAAGGCUUUUCGAGAGGGCUCACGAAAGUCUCUGAGGAUGAAGAAUUCCCCUUCUGAAGCACAUGCCUUGGAUGAAAACACAGCUGAAGGGUGGGAGAAUCGGAUACGCCUCUGGACGGACCAGUACGAGGAAGCCUUCACGAACCAGUACAGUGCUGAUGUGCAGAACUUGCUGGAGCGUCAUUUAAACUCUAAUAAAGACUAUGUGGGCAAAACUGCCAUGCUGGACACAAUCAACAAAACAGAGCUGGCCUGCAAUAAUACUGUUAUUGGGUCCCAGAUGCAGCUGCAGUUGGGAAGGGUGACUCGGGUUCAGAAGCACCGGAAGAUCCUGAGGGCAGCAAGAGACUUGGCACUAGAUACCCUUAUAAUUGAGUAUCGAGGGAAAGUUAUGUUACGACAGCAAUUCGAGGUCAAUGGGCAUUUCUUCAAAAAGCCAUAUCCCUUUGUGCUGUUCUACUCCAAGUUCAAUGGCGUUGAGAUGUGUGUAGACGCCCGCACCUUUGGUAAUGAUGCCAGGUUCAUCAGGCGGUCCUGCACUCCAAACGCAGAGGUUCGUCAUGUGAUUGCUGAUGGGAUGAUCCACCUGUGCAUCUAUGCUGUUGCCACCAUUGCCAAGGACACAGAGGUUACCAUCGCCUUUGACUAUGAGUACAACAUCUGCAAUUAUAAAGUGGACUGUGCGUGUCACAAGGGGAACCGGAAUUGCCCUGUGCAGAAACGUAGCCCAAAUGCUGCAGAACACCUACCUCCACCUGUUUUAGGCACACUGAUUGGGGCAGAAACACGCCGGCGAAAGGCCCGCCGAAAGGAGCUAGAAAUGGAGCAGCAGAGCAUUGCGUCGGAUGAGAACAGCAGUCAGCAAACUGAGGAAGUUCCUGAGGGACCUGCAGCAGUCAGUGACAAUGAGGUGCAAGAGAAGGAGGAGAAACAAGAAGGGGAGAAAGAGGAGCCUGUAGAGGAACAGGGAGCCUUGGUUCACAGCAGACGGUCUCGGGAAGACAGGAAGGUAGAAGCCAUCAUGCACAUGUUUGAAAACUUAGAAAAGAGAAAGAGGAGACGAGAGCAACCAUCAGACCGUAACAGCACUGAUGCUGAAAUCAACGUCAAUUCUGAAGCUCCUGAGGUGGAAGAAGUAAAAACAGAGACUCCUGAAACUGAAGAUGGAAGUUCAGCACUGAGUGCUCCUCCGCCUCCUCCUCCUCCUCCUCCUCCUCCUCCUCCUGUUUCUAACAGUACCAGCACUACUGGGGUGAACACACGGCGGUCCUCACAAAUAGCGGAUGCUGUCCCUGAAAAAACAGUGACUAAGCCAGCUCCAGCAAAACCCUCCAGGCCCCGACCAAAAAGUCGCUUCUCUCGAUACCGGACCAGUUCAGCACAAAGACUGAGAAGGCAGAAACAAGCUAGUUCCCAGCAAGCUGAACUCACACAGGCUGUCCCAGAGGAAGGAAGCACUGCCAGCUUGGUAACCACAACAGAUGUCAGCAGUGUGGAAGGGCCAGGAGAAGGCAGACAGUUGACAGGAUCUGACCCAACUGCUAUCCUGGCUACAGGAUCUCAGUCUAAUCGAGCUGCAGUAAAGUACCCCAAAACAAAAAAGUACCUUGUUACAGAAUGGCUGAACGACAAGGCAGAAAAGCAGGAGUGUCCAAUUGAGUGUCCUCUGCGCAUUACUACAGACCCAACAGUUUUGGCAACUACCCUAAAUAUGUUGCCAGGUCUCGUGCACUCCCCGCUGAUUUGUACCACACCUAAACACUACAUUCGCUUUGGUUCACCUUUCAACCCUGAGAGACGUCGAAGACCCUUUCUGUUGGAUGGCAUUUACAGCUCCUGUAAGAAGCGCUGGAUCAAACAAGCCCUGGAAGAGGGGAUGACUCAGACCUCACCAGCUCCACAAGAGAACAGAACCCAGUGUCUAUACCAAAGCAACGAGAACAGCAGCUCCUCCAGCAUCUGCAAAGAUGACACAGACUUGCUGAGUCCCCUGAAGAAAUGGAAGUCUCGCUACUUGAUGGAGCAAAACGUUAAGAAGCUGCUGCGGCCGCUGUCUCCUGUCACGCCCCCUCCUCCCGUCCCUUCGGUCCCCGGCGCAGCGAGCCCGCAGCUGGCCACGCCCUGCUCGUCGCUGCCCGGGGAGGAGGAGACUCGCAAUGGUUACGGCAUCAUGUUCUCACCCAUCCCCUCUCUGGCUGCCAGCCGCUGCAAUACUCCACUACAGUUCGAGAACGUAUCCUCCCCCGAGAGCUCCCCUGCGCAUAGGCCCGAGUCCAUGUCACCUGAGGUCUGCCUCCGAUCCGACCUGGAUUUGAAGGGUGGGUACCUGGAUCCCAGUGCAAACACCUGCCAGGAACGGCCGUCGCUGCUCAGCUUUGCAUCCUCUGAUGUGGCUCCACAAUCCUCCAUAAACUCUACUUCAGAGAUGAACUUCCCAGGGAAAAGUGGGGAAGCACAGAUGCUGCUACGAAGCUCUGAUCAGGCUUUUCGGACAGAGUUUAAUUUAAUGUAUGCCUUCUCCCCACUGAACGCUAUGCCACGUGUGGAUGGGUUGUUGCAGGGGUCUCCUCCUUUGGGAGAGAGGAAGCCAGUGAAUUCAGAAGCAGGAUGCUGCAGCUCUCCUGCAGAAGGGUAUUUCAGCAGACACGAGUCAGGGCUGCUCAAAGAGACAGUGCAUGGAUCCAUGUCCCCCUGCAGCGAGAGGGCUUCUGAAGGCACCAGAGCUGCUCCCCAGAAUCCGCCACAAAGGAAGAAGGUAUCUCUCCUGGAGUACCGCAAGCGGAAACAGGAGGCCAAGGAGGGCGGCGAUUCCGGGCGCGGCGCAGGGACCCCCACCCGGCAGGGCAGCGGCGGCUCCGGGACUGACGGGGAUGGGAACGGCCUGCCAGGCUCUGCAGCACGAACUCCGUCCUCCCCACAGAGUGGCUUCUCCCCUUCUCAUCCCUCCCUGCCUCACAUAGAGGACAUCAGCCCACCAGACUCGAGGGGCUGUAGUUCCUCAUCAUCGCUCAGUAAAUCCCAGGAGAGCAUCAGCAGUAGGUGGAUGGUCCCGACGUCAGUGGAGAGGCUGCGGGAGGGCCGGGGGAUGCUGGAGAAGGUUCUGCGGAGCGGUGCAAAGGUGUCCCAGAGACACGAAUCCUCCCCUACCCACGACAGUGCUCUUGAGAGAGAUGCAGAUGCAGCAGAAGGAGACACUCCAGAAGCCCACAAAGGACCAGCAGUUUACAGUCCUUCUCGAUACAGCUACCAGCUGCUGCAGUCUGACAGUCCCCAGGCAGAAUCACAGACCCUGCUCCAGCAGAGCUCCUCCCCGUACCGAGGGCACCUCGCUCCGUCUCCUGGAUACAGCUACCGAGCAGCAGCACAGAGGACAGGACACAGCCUGUCCCAUGGUUCCUCGGAAACAUCCCUCUCCUCCACCUCAUAUUCCAGCCCUGCCCACUCAGUCUCCACAGACUCCUCUGCCCUGUUUGCAGGGAAUUCGGGGUAUUUCAGCAGCCAGCAGCACUCUGGCAGCGUCAGCAGCAGCCUCCUGAGGAAGAGCUGCCCUGCGGCUGCCAGCCCGGCACAGCAGACAGCUGUGGACUCUCUCUCCUCGGAGUCGGGCUCCCAGCCCUGCACAGGCGUGUCGGGCUCUUCCUCCGCUCCCCAAAGUGCUCGGUCACUACAGUCAGACUUGCGGACUAUGAGCCUGCCGAACUCUGGGCAGUCUGUUCUCUACCAGGGCUCCCGGGGCGCUGUGAUUUCCAAUGCACAACACUAUCCGCACCGCGGGGGAGGCAGUGUCCAUCAGUAUAGACUGCAGCAGCUCCAGGGUUCUGGAGUAAAGACUCAAACAGGACUUUCCUAGGGCUGCCUGGACUUCAGGAGGACAAAACUGCCCAUAGCUCCUUCCAGUCACCUCUGGAAGUGGCUCCUGGGCCAGUGUUGGGAGCUUGCACCUGAUGCUGGGGUACCAGGGGUCAGAGGCUGAGGUCGAAAAUGCACGGGUGAGAUUUGUGAGCAGUAUUGGCCUCUGGCCUGGUAGGAGAACAGAUUUCUCUGAGGCAGAGACUGUAGCAAAGCAGUUCCCUGACAUGUGGGUACAUUGCGAAAACAAAAAGAAACAAACAAACAAAAAAAAAAAAAAAAAAAAAAAAAAAAAAAAAAAAAAAAAAAAAAAAAAAAAAGAGAAAAAAAAAAGGAAAAAAAAAGCAAAUGGUUCAAGUGCAAUGACUGUGGCACAGCCUCUGUCUCUGGUCCGUGCCCAUGGCCACAGUCACUCAUGCAGCACGGACACAGUUCUGAAUUCAAAAGCAGUUUAAAAGAAAUGUUGGGGGAAGUUAACUCCAAUCUCUUUAUAGGUCAGGUUCUCAGUGCGUUCUGGGGAGGGCUUUAAUCCAGAUCAUUCCAGUCACAAGCAGACGAGCGCACACGGCUGCCUUUGGGCUUGGGUCGCCACUGCCGCUGUCAAAGCUUUUUCCAGGACAACAGAGCCUCUGCAAAUGCAAACAGCACGAGAGGGGUUUGGAGCGUGUGCCCGUGGCUGCAGAGGAUCCGGGGUGCGCUGUCGUGUGCUGCUUCAUUGCAGGUCUGUCGUGAAUGAGUGUUUUUAAGGUCGCCUAAGGAAUCUGUGAACAGGAGCACGGCUGGGGCCGUGCUGCCACGUGCUGCCGCGCCGGGGCUCUCUGGCUGCUGGUGUCAAUGCACAGGGGAUGGCCAGGGGCCUGAUCAGUCAAGUGAUGCUGCAGCACACGGGGGGCUGCAGGCAGAGGAGCGGGGGCGCUGCAAGGGGCAGUGCUGGGUGGGCACCCCGGUCUGUGCCGAGCCAGAGGCUCUCCAGGCAGUGCCAUGUGGGGUCUUUCCCAGCCACUGUCACCCGCUGAGCGUGGCAGGAGAGCCAGCCCAGACACAGUGCGCUGUGUGUUCAAUUCCAUACGAUUGCCAGCUUCUUUCUCACUUGUUUACUGUAAUAUCGGGCGUGUUUUUAUUUAUCUAAUUUUAUAUUCAGUUAUAACCAUAGUAGGUUAGCUAAUAUAUGACAGGUGUCAUCCCUGGUGCUGCAGUGGAACUUCUCCUUUCUCUUGGAUAACAUAAUGCUGUGAGUCUGUCUCCCCUCUCCUUGCAGAUGCACAGUCUUCUUCCUCUUUUUUUAGGACUGUUACAGAUUUCUCUAAUUCACAAUUGAAAUCAGGUGUUUGUUCAGCCUAGGGGAGACUUUUAAAAUAUUGAAACAAAGAGUAACUUUCUCACACUGUCUGGCUGUGAGCGUGUUGGGAUGGAACUUGUCACCCCACCGUUGGGUGUCUGUAUACUGUAUAAAAUAGGUGUAAACUUCACUUGGCUUAGCCCUGGAGGUGCAGCCUCCCCUUUCGUGCUCUGAGCAGCACGGGGCAGGCGGGCUCUGCCCUGCCAGGUGGAGGGAGGGUCCAGGGAGGCCCUGCCCAGAGGCUCCAGCACCUUCGGGCGCAGCAGGGGGGGCAGGAGGGAGGGACCCUGGAAAGCUCUAGGAAAGGUGGGGGCUGUAGCUUCUUACUCUAGUGGAGUUUUUACACCAUGCUGUAACAUUUGAACUUUCACAAGAGAUGUAAUAAUUUUGAUAAUAAAAAUACUUAACUUGAAAA